GGCCCCGUUCCCACGGGGGUGGGCGGGGAAGGAAGAUGGCGGCCCCCAGCAGCCGGUGAGGAGAGAGGAGGACAGGGGCUUCCCGGGGAGCGGCCGGACUGUUCCGUUAUGGCCGUAUCCCCGCACACUCUUUCCUCACGCCUCCUGACAGGUCGGGUAGGAGGAUGUGUCCGGUAUCUAGAGAGAAGAGCGAUGCAGGAAUCCCCUCACACAUUUGUGCAUCUUUUCAGGAGCGUCAGUAAGCAGUGGAUUACAUUUCAGCACUUGACCUUCCUCAGGCGCAUGUAUGUCACACAACUGAACAGAAGCCUCAACCAGCAAGUAAAACGGAAGCCAGAACCUGUGGCAUCUCCUUUCCUUGAGAAAACACCUUUGGGUCAGGCCAAAGCAGAAAUCUGUGAAAUGAGACCUCUUCCGCCCCCCAGCCUACCUUUAUCCAGAAAGUCAGGUGAAAAAGAAUUGCUCGAACUGGAAUCGGCCUCCAUAGUUGAAGGCUCGCUAGAUGUGGGGACAGAAAUAAAGGAUGAAAAGCACUGGAAAGAGAUGAAGUUGCAUCUGGACGAUUUGCCGGGAAUUUUGGCGCGGCUGUCCAAAAUCAAACUCACAGCUCUGGUCGUCAGCACCACUUCAGCCGGAUUUGCGCUGGCCCCAGGACCUUUUGACUGGUCCUGCUUCCUGCUUACUUCUCUGGGCACAGGCCUUGCAUCCUGUGCCGCCAACUCCAUCAAUCAGUUUUUCGAGGUGCCGUUUGAUUCAAACAUGAAUAGGACAAAGAACAGACCUCUGGUUCGUGGACAGAUCAGCCCGCUGCUCGCUGUGACCUUCGCCACUUGCUGCGCCGUCCCAGGGAUCGCCCUCCUGACCUGGGGGGUGAACCCCCUCACAGGAGCCUUGGGGGCCUUCAACAUUUUUCUGUACACUUGCUGCUACACCCCGCUGAAGAGGAUCAGCAUUGCCAACACGUGGGUGGGCGCCGUGGUCGGGGCCGUGCCGCCCGUCAUGGGCUGGACUGCGGCUACCGGCAGCCUAGACGCAGGAGCCUUUCUCCUGGGAGGGAUCCUCUACUCCUGGCAGUUCCCGCACUUCAACGCGCUGAGCUGGGGUCUCCGCGAAGACUACUCCCGCGGCGGCUACUGCAUGAUGUCGGUCACACACCCGGCCCUGUGCCGGCGCGUCGCGCUGCGCCACUGCCUGGCCCUGAUCGCACUGUCCGCCGCCGCGCCCGCGCUCCAGGUCACCACGUGGGCCUUCCCUGUCGUCUCCCUCCCGAUCAACCUGUACAUUUCCUACCUCGGCUUCCGGUUCUACGCCGACGCGGACCGGAAGAGCUCCCGGAAGCUGUUCUUCUGCAGCCUGUGGCACCUGCCCUUGCUGCUGCUGCUCCUGCUCACCUGCAAGCGGCCCCCGGGCGCGGGCGGGGCCGCGGGGGAGCCUCAGGGUUGAGACCCCCGAGGGCGCUCGGGGAAAAAAAAAAAAAGGAGCAAAAAACGCGGAUGGGGAGACGCACUCUUUUCUGCCCCCUUUGCGGUGAGACAAGACUGUCUUGGUGUUUCUGGAGCCCUAGAAGGGAAAUUGCUGGGUUUUCGUACGAGAUCGUACAGAGAUUUGGUGCUCAGCGAUCACCCGACGAUUUUUUUUUUUCAUGAUAACGUCCAAAAUGCUCCCCAAAUAAAUAGGUUGGCUCAGGUGAUGAAUACAAAGAGAAUCUUGUUCUCUUGAAGGGUCUUUAUGUAUUUCUUCCUCCAACACCCAUGUUGUUUUUCUUCUUCCUCCUGUGGAUGUACAAGGGCACCUCUUCCUUCUCGGGCCACACACACACACACACACACGCACACACGCCCCACCUGGCCAGCCGAGGUGGCCAGAUGCCCAGGGAACACUGGGACUGCGUCUGCGGUCCUGCGUCCUCAGGAGUCUGGAGGGCCGCGUCCCUGGGAGGCUGUGCGCACCGCCGGCCCUCCCUGUGAGUGAGCCUGGGGCCCCGGCUCCGACUUUCUCACGUGUAUUCCCAAACGCAUAUCCCCCCAAACAAUAACAGAAUACCAAGGGUGCGCUGCUGCCCGACUCCGGAAAGGAGAAUUCCAAACGGUUGCCUAGGGGAUCUCGGACAGGACUGCCAGCCCCGGGCCCACCCCCAUUACGAAGCGGAAUCAAAGGCAUCUUUAUAGUUGGCUUGAGAUACAGGAGGUGUCUGAAGCUUUCCUUCUGGAAGGGUGCGCUAGACUUCCCACCAGCAGUCCGUCUGCCUCUGACCCCUUACUGUCCCCUUCUGGCCUCUGCUGUCCACCGGAGCAGGGAAAUCCGGAAAAAAGGUGAGCUGGCCCAGCCAGCCACAGAGCUCAUGUUCUUGUCCCUUUAGUGAAAAACCACAUUUCUCUCCAGGUACCUUCUGAAUCCAGGAAGUAGCCCCAUAUAUCCAAAAGCCGCAAGAGCCAGAGGCUUGGGCUGGACUCCUCUUAGGGAUUCGUGCAGUUCCGGGAGUUGUGUGAGUUCACCUGUAGCCAGGUGUGGCCUCAGUCACCUGUGGUUCCAUCCAUCCGUCCCUCACAUGCACCACUAGUCCACUGUCAAAUCCCACUUCCUGGAAGGUCUUGAUGCUUAACAGGGUAUUUGCUUUACUCCGUCUCAUGGGGCACUGCUGCCCUAUAGGAAUUCAUUUUGGGGAGUUUAAGCAACAUUCAGAUGGUGCCUGCAAUAUGCCUGUUCUCAGACAUUUCUAAAGCAUCAGAUACCAUCUGACCACUGUUUCUACUUAUCUGCAAUAUUACCUCUUGGCUGUAUCCCGGUUCUUGACUGUGGGGAACAUGGCAUAGGAAUGUGUGCAAAGAACAUCAACACCUUGUUGCAGCCUUCAGAUUUGUGAAAUGCCUCCAUUCUCUUUUCCUACCGCAAUAAACCGGUAUGUAAAAAACA